GUUAACCUUGACAAAUACUUUUGGUUAGCGGAAAUUCUAGCAAGGUUCGGAAAAACAUAUUCAUGGGAACUCAAAUCGCGUUUAAUGGGACUCCCUCAACAAGAGGCUGGCAUUAUUUUAGUAAAUGAAACAGGCAUUGACAUGACGGCGGAUGAAUACAUUAAGGAACGAAAUGAAAAACAGCGUGAACGAUUUCCCUUUGCUAAACCUAAGCCCGGUGUCAUGCGACUUAUAAAACAUUUGAAAGCACAUAAUAUUCCAAUGGCAGUAGGUAUAAUUAAAAAAUGCAAGGUAGCAACAAGUUCACAUCGCCAUAUGUUCGAGAUUAAAGCAACCAAUAAUCAAGAGCUUUUUAGUAUGUUUGACAGUAUUAUCUGUGGCGAUGAUCCAGAUGUCAAGUGUGGCAAACCAGCACCGGACAUAUUUCUUGCGGCCAGUAAGAAAAUAGGAAAUCCGCCUGUUGAACAAUGUUUGGUAUUUGAAGAUGCAAUUAAUGGAAUUCGAGCAGCGAAAAAUGCGGGGAUGAAUGUUGUUUGGGUAGCACAUCCAGAAUUGGUGGUAAUAUAUCCAGGUGAUAAUGGAGCGGAUGAAAAGAUUUUAUCAUUGGAAAACUUUAAUCCAGCGAAAUAUGGAUUACCACCUUUUGAUGCCA